GAGAGGGGUAUGGGAAGGGCCGGGGGAAGGGCGAUCUCCGCUCGCUUACGCUCCCCGAGCCUGCCGCAGAGGCGGCGGGGCUGAGCCGCGGAGGGGAUGGAGCUGCCACCAGCCUCGGCUCUCUUCCCCACAGCCCCAGCAUCGCCUCCCCUCGCCCGGCCGCGCCACUCUUUAGGCCGCGCAGGGUGAUCGCGAGCGCGGUUGAGCAACACCUCACCCUGGACUGGAGAGGAGGGCUCGCCAGGGCCACGGCACAGGGACUCCUCGCGUCCCGGGCGACCUGCGCGUCUCCCGAGCGCCUGGAGACCCCGAUCAGAACGAAGCUACGUGUGCCCCCCAGUCUACUUCCCCCGGGACGGGGAAUCUGUGUGGGGUUCGGCCGCUGGACCCCGGGCGCCCGGGUAGCCCAUGGCGGGCAGCGAUGUGGCGAGUGAGGGGCCAUCGCCGAGGGGUGGCGCGACCCAGAGACCCGGGGCUACCGGCGGGCUGCGUAGCCAGGCGGCCGCCAACUGCCCUGAGCCGCUGUCCGCUGCUGAAGCUCCGGCCGAGCGAGGCGAGUUGCCAGCCUGGAUGCGCCUCUACUUCUACGGGAUGCACGGCAUCACCCUGGACGUGCUGGUGUCCUCUGCCAGGCGCUUCGCCCGCAGCCUGGAUCUGCGGAUGCUGGGCUUCUCUUCGCCCUACCGCUGCCUCCUGCACUCGCUCACCCACUUCGCCCUGGAGCAGCUCUACCUGCAGCGGCCGCGCUGCCCCAGCGCCUUCCUCUUCAAUUUCUUGCUCUACCCCUCAGCGCACGUCGGGCUGCAGACCCUGGCGGGCCAAGCGCUACUGCUCAGCCUAGGUGGCGGGCCGGGGGGCGCGGCGGCUCCGGGGGCACUCGACCUGGCGCUGCAGUACGUGCUUGCGCUCUACCACGGCCAAGUGUUCUUGAAGCGCUUCCUGUGUUUGCGGUACCCGCGGCAGUGCAAGCAGCAAACCAGGGACACACUACCCGCAGCCCCGGACGCCCAGAUCCUUUGGGAGGCUGGUGGCCAGAGACGAGGACCGCGUGGCCCAAGGGGCACAGAACGAUCCCCUACCCAAGGACUGCCCGACCUCCUCCGCUUCCUUUUCUUCGGAAUGCACGGCUUUCUGGAUGAGAUCUUCUUCACCUUCUUCUUCAAUGUGCUGGGGCAGGGGGACGGGGCCAGCAGUGGCCACACAUCCCUCUGGUCUUUCUUCAUGUAUGGAAGUUGUAGUUUCGUGGUGGAAAAACUCUACUUCCACCUUCACUACAGCCGUGGCUGGGGUACGUGGAAGCGGGUGCCCAUCUAUGUGAUCUUCAUCUAUGCGUGGGAAUUUUCCUGGGGUCUGGGACUUCGUAUGUGUGGUGCCUGUUCCUGGGACUAUUCCCACUAUCCACUUAAUUUCAUGGGCCUCAUCACUUUGAUGUAUUUACCUGGUUGGCUAUUUCUUAGUGUGUACCAGGACCUACUGUCCAAUGUGUUAUGGCGGGUGCAGUAUGUCCCAACGAACUAAGAUUAACGGGGGGAAGGGGGAGGAAGAAAAGAAAGUAUCAGAAUCUGAAAAAAAAAAUGAUGCAAUUUAUUUUUACACAUUUUAAACAAGGUGGUUUUGCUUUCAGUCUUUUAAUUUUUAUACUCUUUACUAAACUCUUCCAGCAUACACUUGACAUUUUCGUUGUCUGGACUGCUUGGAAUCUAUAUGUUAAGUUCAAUACUUUGAAAUGUUACUCAAAAAUAACUCAGAAUAUUUAACUCAUCAACAAUUUAAACUUAAGAGGCCAAACAGCAAAAACCACUCGACCUUAACAUCAGGAACGGGUAGUAUUCACUUGACCUCGAUGAGUGACAGCUCCGUAUUUUUCUGUUCUUCUAUGGAAGCUUUCAGACCAGAGAGCAGCGACUUCUACAAGUUGCUGAUGUAAUGAUCCGUUUACUUUCUUUUCAAUGCAAUUUCCUUUUACCUUCUUGUCAUGUUUACCAGUGGCGGCUGAAACUCCAUGUUUUGUACUUCAGAAACUUCGGUCCACAGCUAUUAAAGUGCCUCCGUCCAGCAUACAGGUGAGAGGAAGCUGGCAAGUGUGAAAAUAUGCCGUGAACACAUUUUUGACACGAGGAAGUCCUUUCUGUCAACCCCAACAGGUGACACUGUGUUGAGAUAUUUGAUUGCCAUCUUGGAAAUGACUGCUUUCCAAUGUUGGCUAGCCUUAAACACGAUGUGUGUUAACAUUAAUCAGACCAUGGUGUUAUCUAAACUUUUGUAACUGUGCAAUAACUUUGUUGUUUACCCUAUAUGUCCCAAAGCUGAGUGAAAUUAGACCACCUUCAAUAGUGUUCUAAUUCUAAGGACCCUUUUUCUACACAGAGUUUCAAAUAUAGAAACAGUACUUUGGAAUAAAUGGAAUCUGAAUUCUCCCUCUAAUUACAUCAGGCCUAAUUGCUUUCUCUACUUACUGAUGUCUUCUCUCCAUAUUUCUCCAACAGUCCUCCCCUCCCCCACACACACACCAUCACUUUUUCUCCCAGACCCUGAAUUUGGGGUCAGGCCUAUGUAGUAAUGCACAGUAUAAAUCCAUGAUAGCUUUUUGACAGCUUAUGAUUAAUUAAUGUCUAAAAGCUUCAAAGUUAAAUGAGAUGAUGGAAGCCAUUCUAAGAAAUGAUAUCUAAUUGAUUAAUAAUGUACUCUGAGGGUGUUUGUUGUUUUGUUGUAUUUAGAAGAGCAAGUCGGAUGGAGUGUUUCUCAGCCAAGAAUGACUAAUAACCUCUCAGCUUUCAGUACAAAGAUAAUUAGGAAAACUUAGAACGUGUUUAAUGACUUUAAAUCUUCCACAUGCUUGUGUGGUAAAAGGGGGAUGGUUUUGUUUCAAGAAAAGAAAAGGUUGCUAUGAAAAUAGAAAAGAACAUGUAUUUACAAGUGAUGUGAGGCACAGUUCUGAUAGUGUGAUAGUCAUCCAUCCCCUGACUAAAUUAUAAUAAUGGUACAUAGUCAACCGUACCUGUGAGAUGGAUGAGGGCCAACUAACUCUUCAUCAGCCAAUAGGUUCUAUGUCUACCAAAGGUUUCUUGUAAGUUUUCUGAUGACAGUUUGUCAUAGGUCAAAGGUUUCUGAAAAUUUUUGAGGGGAAAAUAUCUAAGGAGAAUCAGUAAAGCUAGACGCUGGGCAAGGUAUUUGUACUUCAAACGUGACACGGUACAUGGCAGUCUGAAUUUAGUGUGUCACGGCUGCACAUCCCACAUUCCUGGGAAGGUCGAGUCAACACAAUGACUGGGUAACUUGCUUAUUAAAUUGUCUGCACUCACUUCCUGCAUGUGCUGCUCUCAGAGCCACGGAGGAGCCCACUAGACUUCUCUAACUCAGAAAAACCCUAUGUAGGAACACAUGUCAUAUCAUCCUCCAUUUAAUACUACUCCCAUCACAAGGUCAGAGCAACGUUCUCACUCAUUACACUUAUUUAAGAAAUAGUACCCAGACACUUGCCAGGACCACGUGGACACAGCAAUGAACCGUUAGACGAAUCUCUGUCCUUAUAAAGUUGGCAAUCUACUGUUUUGAUUUAUUUGAAAUUUACUCCUUUUGUUGUUGUUGUUGUUGUUCUUGUUCUUGUUCUUGUUCUUGUUGCUCUUGUUGUUGUUCUUCUUGUUCUUAUUGUCAAAGACUGUUGGUUUUGUGAUGGGUAAUGAGUACUCCCAUCAGUCCUAUCUUGGGAACAUGACAAUCCAUCAUUCCUAAAAAUUAACCCAACUAACAAUCCCUCUGCCAGUUCUGCAGAAUGCUAGUUGUGUAUUCAGGAAGUGAUUAGCCUGUCUGGUAACUCGGUGUAUUGUUUUAGGGCUUCUCAUUUUGUGUAUGCUCCACUUCUUAAGGGAGUCAUUUUGCCAUGAUCUUUGAACCUUCAGGAAAAGAAAACCAUCAGAUCAUUUAACUUUGUUAUUAUUAGUAGUUUAGAGGUGGAAAUAAUAAGAGAGAAUGAUAGUUAAUAUUUAAAAAGCACUUGCUAUUUGACAAAACUUCCCUGAAGUGUUUAUGUAUUAUAUAGAUAUUAAAUUAAGAACACACUCUUAUCUACUAUGCCUUAAGUGAAUAUACAUACAGUAUAUAUUUUAAGUACAUAUUCAUAUAUAUGUAUGUAUUCGCUUAAACUUGCAACAACCGUGCUUUUAUAGAUGAAGGCAAUAAAACUGAAGCCUAAAUAGAUUCGAUAACUACCCAAGAUAUACAGCUUUUGAGCAUUGAUAUUUGAAUUAAUGGAUGCUGGACUCCUCAGUUUGUUUUCAACAGCAGCUUGAUUGUGCCUCAGUCUACUGACCUCAGUGAUUUAGAUCUUGUCUGGACUGUACUUUCCUUGACUAUUAGAGGUGCACAGACAACUGUAUCGGAGGCAGACAUUGUAAAAGACUCAUGUUGCUUGUUUAGUAUAUGGUACAUAACAAAUUAGUUAAGAUCAAGAUAAAUAACUGACAAUCAGCCUUCUUUUACAUUUAAAUAUAAUGCCUUUAUAUUUAAUCAGUGCUCUGAACGGAAGUUCAUCCUAUAAGCUAAAAUUAUCCACAACAUAAAAAUGUAAAACUAAUAUGCUAAGAUGAACAGUAGGUCAUAUCACAAGGUAGGAAUAUGCAUAAAAUUGAUCACAGUUAUACAUUAAAUAUUGUACUUAAAGCAGAUAUCAUUGUAAGAACUAAACACACCCAAAGGGAGAAAAAUUUUAGCCAACUGUGGUGGCAUACAACUGUAAUCCUAGUACAGAAGCUGCUCUGGCAGAAGGAUUGCAGAUUUGAGGUCACUCUAGGGCACAUAAUGAUAUAUUGUCUUUUAAAAGGACCUACUUUAACAAAGACAUUUAUUCUGAGUUCUACUGAGAAAAUAGUCUUUUAGUGGGAAAACAUAAAAGUAACAAGUGUGCUUAAUAUAAACGAUGUUGAGAUUUCCUUUUAGAAGUACUUGAAAUUUUAAAUCAAUUCUAUUCAUUUCUGUGAAUAUAUAAGAGGGAUAUUAGCUCUUGAAUUUUCAUGUUAACAAUGGAUACAGGGGCCCAGAUAUCAAAGAAAAACCCCAAUAAAGUUGCUAACACAUUGCAUUACU